GACGAGGCCACAGAAUAAAAAGAAAGAAUGUGUUUAUGAUAGGGCUAGACCGGGUAGGUCUUUUAGGCGCGUCAUCGGCAUAAUAAACGAAGCGUUGUUGUUUUAGGAUAGUCGGGGCGACAGCGCAUCAGUGAGGUAAGCGUCAUACCAGGUAGAAUAACGAGAGCGUUGGUGGAGGUAGAAUUUUAGCCUGUAAGAAAACUGUAAUUGUAGAUAAGUUUAAGAAAUAAAAUUAUUGUCGUUUCAACACUAUAGGAAAGCGGUUGUUAUUUCCAUGAAAGAAACCCGUGAGGAAAGCAAAAAACAUUGGUGGCAUUCCAGAGAGGAUUUCGGUUAGUCCUCACGGUGAAAUAGUGACUUUCGCUCCCGCGGUUUGAGUUCGCGAAGACAAACAAUCAGAAGAAACCAGAAGUUUGAAGGUUUUUUUUAAAGAUCAGCGUUAGUUGUUGGCUAAACGAACAUUAGUGACUUUCGCUCCCGCGGUUUGAGUUCGCGAAGACAAACAAUCAGAGGAAACCAGAAGUUUGAAGGUGUUUAAAAUACCAGCGUUAGUUGUUGGCUAAACGAUCGAUCUCCUUGGUUUUGGACGAACUGGAUCAUUGUAGCUCCUGUUUAAGUGUGUUGAUCGUAUAUCGUAUAUAGUAUAUCGAUAAUGUGGUGAUAAUACGGUAAUGACGAGGAACACAAACAUAGUGGCAGAGAGUGCAGUUGUGUUCUUACAUCGAUCAAAAAUUGGAAAGUGAAGCGCCCCAUGUGCCGCGGUGUCCGGUGCAGUAAAGCAGCAGCAAAUCAGGUCAACAGCAACAAGACAGCGAUAUAUCUUCAGAAGCGGAUUACUGAGGUUGGAACCCGGACGAAGUAGGAAGACCCUGGUUGGACGUGAAGGUUAGUAAGCUGAAAAGUUAGGAACAUUUUACUUUAAAAACUUAUACAUACAUUUAUAUACAUAGUUAGAAACAUAUAUACAUAAAAGAAACAAUCUGGUAUAAAAUGUUACAGGUGGUAUACAAAGAAAACAAAAAGGGUGGAAGCUGUAAGCUUUGCUCACACCCCGAUAAGAAGGAAGCAAUGGUCCAAUGUGACGAUUGUUUCCUAUGGUUUCACCAAUCUUGUGUGAACCUAGAUCACUUACCUUCAGAGAAAGAGCGCUGGCAGUGUCCACGCUGUAUGGAGAUUUACUCCAAGUUAAAAAUGGCUGAAGUUAAGAAAUCUAGUCAAUUCGAAACUUUCUUGGAGAUUCAAAAGGAAUCGCAAGAAACGCAAACCAAUAUGAUCAAAAAAUUCAUGCAGGUUAUGAACAUUAAAUUGGAACAAGAUGCUUCAUCUUCAUCCCCGAAUGUUGUUGACCCUAUAGUCUCUUCAACACACGUGGUUAACUUAUUAGCUAAGCAAUCAAUGGCAGAACUUCCAUACUUUGACGGUUGCUAUAAAGUAUGGCCUCGUUUCAAGGCCGCCUUUGAUGCAACUACAACCGCCGGAGGUUUUUCAAAUUUAGAUAACCUUAGCAGAUUACAUAAAUAUUUAAAAGGAAAAGCAAUGAAUUCCGUCGCUCCACUAAUGGUAGAAGCGAAUAAUAUUCCAUCUAUCAUAGAUCGUCUUGAGCAACAAUUUGGUAGACCACAAGUGGUUUAUAAUGGUCUACUAGAGGAAUUGACGAAUGUUAAAGCUCCAAGGAUGGAUAAUCCUAAAACAAUGAUUGAUUUCAUAACUGCUUUAGAGAACAUGGUUACUAACAUGAAAAUUCUCAAACAGGAAGAUUAUCUUAAUGAUCAAAGGUUAAUUAAGGACCUGAGUGGUCGGUUGCCGAUGAAUUUGUAUCAGAGUUGGUUGAGUCAUGUUACAGGGCUUCAAGCAGCGGUAAAUUUACAAAAUCAAAAUCAGUUCAAGGCUCCAAGUUUGGAAACGUUUUAUAACUGGUUAAAACCGCAAGGGGACUUAGCUGUUAUUAUGCUAUCGGAGCAACCGAAAAGAAAUAAUAAACCGAUAAAUGUACACUCUGUUAAAGAUGAUAGAAAGCAGUUUACAGCUAAGCAAGGGCUUAAUUGCUUUGCUUGCAAACAGUAUCACAAAACAUCGGAAUGUGGAGAAUUUAAAAAUAUGGACUUACCAGAAAGGAUGAAGUUGGUGCAACAAAAUAGACUUUGUUUUGCAUGUUGCAAUUCAUCCAACCAUACUGCCUAUAAUUGUAGAUGGGGAAAGGUAUGUAACGUUGAUGGCUGUAAAUCGAGAAACCAUCACAACCUGUUGCAUAGAAAACAAAGUCAAAAGGAAAAUUUAUUAUUGGCCCCUGCUAGACCAAUGGAAAAGGUUUUAAAUUUACACUCGAACAAGGGUGACACAUUAUACCAGAUAAUGCCUGUUACACUAGAAAAUGGAUCAGUGAAAUUAGAAACAUAUGCACUUUUCGAUCCAGGCUCUUCCUCUACUUUAAUCUCAGAACAAAUUAGUAAACAACUGAAUGUGAAUGGGAAAUUAAGACCACUUUCAAUAUCCUGGACGAACGGUAACACCCAGGAUGAAAAUCAAAGCUUAGAGAUUGAAAUGAAGAUUAGGGGAACUAGCGGAAAAAGGUUUUUAUUGAAAGAAGUGAGGACAGUCAAUAGAUUGUCGUUACCUAAGCAAACUGUGGACUUCAACAAGAUAAAGCAAGCGUAUCCAUACUUGCAAGAUGCGGAAGUUUCAAGUUAUAGGAAUGCGGUUCCUACAAUGUUGCUAGGUUUACCGCAUGCGUAUUUAAUGCAUGGAUUGGAAUCGCGUGGUGGGAAGUUCAACGAACCUAUCGCUAUGCGAACAAGACUUGGUUGGGUGGUAUAUGGUUGCGAAGGCACAAAUUCUCGUUCAAAUAAAACGGCAUUUGUGUUGGCAAUUGAAACAAAAUCAGAAGAGAAGUCACUUAAUGAAAUCGUCAAAGAAUAUUUCUCAACCGAGCAGUUCGGUGUCAUGGCUCCUGAGAAACCUUUAAUAUCAAAAAAUGUGGUCAGAGCUAAUGAUAUUAUGCAUAAUACGUUAAAAUACAGUAACGGUUAUUACGAAAUCGGACUAUUAUGGAAGGAUGAUGAGUUUCAGUUUCCAGAUAGCUAUCAAUCGGCAUUGGGAAGAUUGAAAAUUCAAGAAAAGAAAAUGUCAAAUAAUCCUGGAAUUAAAACUUGGUAUACAAACAAGAUUAAAGAAUAUGUCGAGAAAGGUUAUGCUCGUAAGCUGGACCCUAGUGAAGUGAAAGUUACGGAUAAAAGGACUUAUUAUCUACCGUAUUUCCUUGUGAUAAAUGAGAACAAAAUCCCACGAUUGGUUUUUGAUGCCAAGGCAGAGAUUAAGGGAGAAUCAUUUAAUUCCAAACUCUUGGCGGGUCCUGACGCAACAGCAUCAUUGCUUGGUGUUCUUAUCAGAUUUAGAGAACAUAGCAUUGCGGUUGUGGGUGACAUCAAAGAAAUGUUCCACCAGAUUAGGAUUAGAGAGGCAGAUCAGAAGGCUCAAUGUUUUCUAUUUCGCGAUGACCCGAACAAAAAUCCAGAUAUUUACGUUAUGCAGGUCAUGACAUUUGGAGCAACAUGUUCUCCUGCAUGUGCUCAGUUUGUAAAAAAUAUAAAUGCUGCUAAGUUUACAAGGAAUUGCCCAGAAGCAGUUAAUGUUAUAACAAAAAAUCAUUAUGUAGAUGACUGUCUCGCUAGUUUCCAAACUCCAACGGAAGCUAUUAAGGUAAUGAAUGAAGUAAUCAAAAUUCACGAUCACGCAAAUUUCUAUAUUAGAAAAUUUGUAUCAAAUUCGGAUGAGGUAUUGAAAGGUUUACCAAUGGAUAGAAUUGACAGUUCAAAACUUAUAUCGCUAGAUAUGAACGAACCAUCAUAUCAAAAGGUUUUGGGAAUUCAAUGGGAUACUGAAAAGGAUGAAAUGGUGUAUAGAAUUGAUUGUUUGACAUCCUUAGAUACUCUAACGAAAAGACAAUUGUUAUCCUUCGUUGCGAGAGUAUAUGACCCACUUGGAUUAAUUUCAAAUGUCACCAUAGAAUCUAGAAUAAUUUUGCAAGAUCUGUGGAGACGUCAACUUGGCUGGGAUGAUGAAGUCCCGGAAGACAUAAAACAACGUUUAGUUGAUUGGUAUCUCAGAGUAGAACGUUUAGAUUCAUUUAGGAUUCUAAGGUGCUACUCAAAGGCCUUAGAUGUGAAAAAAAGAGAGAUGCACGUAUUUGUGGAUGCAUCGGAGAGAGCAUUUGCUGCAGUUAUAUAUUUCAGAACUUUAUCUGAGAACAAUAUCGAUGUAAAUAUUGUCGCUGCCAAGGCAAGGGUGGCUCCAAUGAAAGUAAUGACAAUUCCGAAAUUAGAAUUACAGGCAGCGUUACUAGGUACGCGUUUGGCUGGUACUAUUGAGAAAGAAUCUGAUUUGGAGAUUCAUGAAACUGUGUAUUGGUCGGACAAUAGUACUGUCCUAUCAUGGAUUAAAUCGGAUCCAAGAAACUAUAAACAAUUCGUUGCAUUUAGAGUUAGUGAAAUUCACGAUAGCACUACCACUAACCAAUGGAGAUGGAUAGAUAGUGAAAAUAACCCUGCAGAUGAAGCUACUAAGGUAGUAAAAAGAAAAUCUAUCUGGACAAGUGGUCCAAGGUUUCUAAAAGAGCCAGAAGAAAAUUGGCCCAAGAUAAAUCGUUCUUUGGAGACAAACGAAGAAUUAAGACAUGUGAAUCUAAUAAUAAGUGCAGAGUUACAGGAAUUUAAGGGAAUUCAGAUUAUUUGGUGUUCAAACUGGUUACGUUUGAAAAGAGCGGUCUGCAUGGCCAAGAAAUUCAUUGAUAAGCUACGCACGACAAAAUGUAAAUUAACAUUAGAUUUCUGUUUGUCAAAAGUAGAUCUUGAAUGGGCGGAAGAGAUCCUUGUCAGAAAGGCUCAAAGUGAAGUUUUCUCAGAUGAAAUCUCGUGUUUAACGAUAUCAGGAAAUAUUGAUCAUCGUAGUCACAUCAGAAAUCUAAAUCCAUUUUUGGACAAAAAAGGAAUAUUGCGAUCAAACGGAAGGCUAUCAAACGUUUCGUGUCUUCCUCCUUCAGCCAAAAAUCAUAUUAUUUUGCCUCAAAAGCAUCAUGUAACCAAAUUGAUUUUGCAACAUUAUCAUGAACGGUUUUAUCAUCAAAAAUUUGAAACGGUAAUAGCGGCUAUUCGUCAAAAAUUCUGGGUAGUAAAUAUUAGAGUUGCCUUGAAGAAUGUAAGAAAGCAAUGUCAAUUCUGUAAAAAUACACGAACGAAACCGAUCCCGCCAUUAAUGGCUCCUCUUCCUGAGUUCAGAACAACACCGCAUAUGAAAGUAUUUACAUAUACUGGCGUUGAUUAUUUUGGUCCGAUGAUUAUAUCAAUAGGUAGAAGAACAGAAAAACGUUGGGGAGCGCUCUUUACAUGUUUGGUAACACGAGCCGUGCACAUAGAAGUAGCCUUUGAUUUGAGUACGGACUCUUUCUUUCUAUGUCUAAUGAAUUUACAACACUUACGUGGAAGAAUUGCUGAAUUAUACAGUGACAACGGUACGAAUUUUAUUGGGGCUAAUAAUGAGCUUAAGAAAAUAAAACAACGUUUGGCAACUGAAGGAAUUGAUUGGCACUUUAAUCCUCCUUUGUCACCACAUUUCGGAGGUGCCUGGGAAAUAAUGGUUAGAGAAACAAAAAGUUUGUUGAAGUAUUUCCAGGGUGUGUACCGUGAACAUACUCUUAGAGCCACGUUAAAUGAGAUCGCAUUCAUUAUCAAUUGCAGGCCAUUAACACACAUUCCUUUGGAUUCAGAAGAGGAGGAACCUUUAACCCCGAACCACUUCAUUUUAGGCUGUUCUGGCGAGGCUGAGCUAUCUUUAAAUGAUGUUAGCCAAGCCGAAGCUUUAAAACAACAGUGGAAAAAGGCGCAAAGUAUGACAACUCAAUUUUGGCAACGUUGGAUUAAGGAAUAUUUACCAACUCAGGUUAAGAGAACAAAAUGGCAGAACUCUUCGAAGCCAAUUGAGAUUGGUGACGUAGUGGUAAUGCCUGAUGAAAAUCGAAAAGGUUUCUACGAAAAGGGUAUUAUAACUGAGGUUAGACCUGCUAAGGAUGGCCAAGUUAGAUCAGCAGCAGUGAGAACUGGCAAAGGUACAUUUAUUAGACCCACUAUUAAUAUGGGAAUCUUAGAUGUUAGAAAAAACACCAAUGACAUUCGGGAAGAAUGUAAUAUUACGAUGCAAAAUUCAAACAAUAAAAAAUCCUCUAAAGUUUCUCGGCUUGGAAUGUUUAUGACCGUUUUAUUAACUAUAUUAUAUGUUAAUACAGCAAACGGUUUACAAAUCAAUCCUAUUGAGGAGGGUGGUAUGCUAUUUGAUCAUUUAGGAGGAUGUUUGGUAAAAAGAGGAAUUUGGAUAACACAAAUUACCUCUAACAUUGUUCCAUCUGAGGAUAUAUCUCGAAUAAAUGGGUUGCAUAAAAAUCUCAAUGAAGCUCUGAAGUUCAUUGGGAAUAAAACAAAGGAUAAAUCACUUGAAGAGCUAAUUUUAUCGAUUGAGGGACAAUGUGAUAAUGUAAUUCAAGAGAUUGCGAUCGUACGCAGAGAAAAGAGGAGUGGAGGAAUACUUGGAUUCCUGAAAAAUUUAAUAUUUGGCGGAAAUGAUUUGGAAGAGGAGUUACAAAGUGUCCGAGCACACGAGGAACAAAAACUUCACGAACUAUCUGAGAUUAUGAAAACGAUAGAUGUCAAAGCCGAAAAGAUGGGCAAUGAAUUUAACAAUCGGAUUUAUAAUUUAAGGAAGGGAAUGAUCCAACUCCAAAAUCAACAUACCCCACAACGUGUGGAAAUAUUCAAGACCAAAUUAAUUGAAGCAACUAUGUUGGCAACGCAAGUUUUACAAGGUAUUUCAAAUAAAUAUAAAACUGUAAAGUCACAUCCAUUGUCUAAGGAAAACAUCAUGGAAACCUUGAAAGGGAUACAAGAUAAAUUGCCGAAUGGAUAUUCAGUUUUAUCAGAUCCACAAGCUAUCAGUUUUGAAACUAAAAUUGAAAACGAUACGAUAAUCAUUUUUAUGAAUUCAAUAAUCGUUAAUAGAGAUAAUUUCGAGCUUUUCCAAGUGAUUCCGAUACCAAAUAUUGAUAACGGAACCAUUAUGGACAUAAAUGAAACAGUGAUAGCUAUAAAUCAUUUAGAAGAUUUUUUUUACCCUGAAGGGAACAUGAAGAAGCUAAAUAGUUCUCAUUUCAUGGUGGAUCAACCUGUAAUGAUGAGAAAAACAGAUUGUGUGGCAGCGGCUAUCCUUCAUAAAAAACCCAAGACAAAAUGUCUUUCAAAACGACUGAACAAAUCUUUUAUUCGGUUUUUUCCUUUGAACGAACCUAACGUUGUGUUGUAUUAUACUAGCAACGCUAAAGAAAUAAUUAUUCAUUGCGAUAAUGCGAUUAUUUCACCCCCAUACAGUAUAGCGAAAGUAACAUUAAAACCGGAUUGUUUCAUUAGAUCAAAAGAGCUAGUAUAUUAUGCGAGUAUGUUCAAAGAGACAAAAAAUGCACAAACAUUUUUUAAACCAUUAAUUCAGUUACCCUACGAGAUAGAUUAUACAACUUUGGAUUUUACUAACGAUACGUCAAUACUCGAGAAACCUAAAAAUCCAUAUGAAAAAGAAGUAAUGGUAUUUUCAGAUAUACCAAUAAGGCAGGAGACAGUGCAUAUUGCUAUGAUAGGCAUAGGAUCAACAUUAGUUAUUAUUAUGAUCAUAGGAUUAACGAUGAUUUAUAUGUACAAAAAUAAAACUCGGAAUAGAAACCAAGUGGAAACAGAAUUGGAAAUCCCAACUAUUGUAACCAAUCAGAGACGUGGACAUCCACAAAGUUUGGACCAAAAAGUCUGAAUUUAGGUAACUCAACGCGGUUGAAUUACGGGAGGCGGUAUGUUGAUGACGAGGCCACAGAAUAAAAAGAAAGAAUGUGUUUAUGAUAGGGCUAGACCGGGUAGGUCUUUUAGGCGCGUCAUCGGCAUAAUAAACGAAGCGUUGUUGUUUUAGGAUAGUCGGGGCGACAGCGCAUCAGUGAGGUAAGCGUCAUACCAGGUAGAAUAACGAGAGCGUUGGUGGAGGUAGAAUUUUAGCCUGUAAGAAAACUGUAAUUGUAGAUAAGUUUAAGAAAUAAAAUUAUUGUCGUUUCAACACUAUAGGAAAGCGGUUGUUAUUUCCAUGAAAGAAACCCGUGAGGAAAGCAAAAAACACAAAUUAUGGGGUCGUGCAAAAGAUAUUUUAGAUCUAUAAAGAUUGUCGCUGUCGUCGCUGUCGGAACAUCUUUUGCUGGCGAGGAUAGGGGAGCUAAAUGUCAAAGAAGGAAAAUCCAUACGAUUUGACAGUUACUAUAGUUACUAUACUAUAUAGAUAAAGAUUGUCGCUGUCGUCGCUGUCCGGAACAUCUUUUGCUGGCGAGGAUAGGGGAGCUAAAUGUCAAAGAAGGAAAAUCCAUACGAUUUGACAGGUAUGUGUUGCGCCACUAUUGGAAGUUACGCUAGACGUAUACGCGAAUCCACCCCUGAGAGAAACAACAUAAUAAACCUUUGACAUGUAGUUGUGCUGAGUUUGUUCAAAUAAAGAAAAACGUUAAC